GACGCGCGGCCACUUCCGUGUACAUACUACGAAUUCCUCUCGGUUGCCGCCGCAUUCCAAACUCUUUUCCUUUUUUUUUUUUUUUUUUUUUCUAAGUUUUGCGUAUCUUUCAAUCGCCAAAAAGCACAGCGCUUCGAGAAAGCAAAUUUAUCACAAAUUGUCGUCGAUAUUCGGAAAUCGAUCCGGGAUACCAUAGCGGUGCUGCAGGCGUUAAAAAUAUCGGUCUUUUGUUUCCUGUCACUUUUUUUACAUCAGCGUUACGUAACGGAAAUGAAGUUUAGAAAAAAACUUACAUGCCUCGUAUUCAGUCUAUAUAAAUCAUUACGUGUUUUGUUCACUGUAGCAUUGUUUUUCGUGGUUGGCUAGUUUGAGAAUGUCAAUGUCAAUGUGAUAUUAAUCCAAAAAAUUACUUCAUAUUUACUUUAAAAUUAUUUUAGAUUUACUAUUGCGAGCUGAUAAUAGUUGCAAAUUUGUAACCAUGUAGAACGAUAUGGCUGUCAGCAUAAAAUUCACGAAAUUCGACAACACACCAUGGGGAUUUCGAUUGGCAGGUGGAAGCGAUUUUCCACAGCCAUUGACUGUCAUCAGAGUGACAGAGGGAAGCCUGGCAGAAUGCAUGGGUUUAAAGGUCGGCGAUGUGGUCGUGAGAUUAAAUGAUCAACCCAUCAGUAACUUGACACACGGUCAGGCACACGAAGAGCUAAUGCGAGCAGGAAAUAAUUUUGUUCUGGGUGUAAAGAGAGAAGAAGAUCCACUGAAGGCUUUGGAGGCGCUGUCCGAAGAGAAUAUCGUUCCCUACAAGAUUCCGCUCGCAGAUUUGCCACCUGUCUACCCGGAGCAAAUACUGCAAGAGGAAACGACGGUGAUCGAGCGGCACGAGGAAACGACGUGCGAUGUAAAGUCGGCCGAAGAGGAGGUGAAGCCAGAAGUGGAACCGCUCCCGGACAAGCCCAAGGACGCCAACAGCGAGAUCGUGCCGAAUCAGAAUCUUACGGACGACGAGAUUGCGCAAUUGAUCCUCGAAGAAGAGGAACUCUUGUCCGACAAAGGCCUUCUGGGAGUGAACUUCAAGAAACUCAGGCCCCGUGUCACUGUUCUGAAACAAUCGAAGGUGGUCGAAGAGCUGCAGAACAUCGCCACAGCUGAACCGCCUCUGGUCGAACAGUUGAGACGUACCUCGGUGUUUCUGCAAAAACCGCAGAGACCGGUGCCGGAGCCCCGUAAGAAACAGGAGGAACAACAACAGGAGACAGAAGUCGAGUCGUACAGAGUCGUGAUAAAGAAACAAAAAAAGAGGAGCGUGACCGACCGACUGCUAGCAAAGGGUCUGCUGAAACCUGAGGGCGCUAGUACCCCGGAACCGCUCACUCCCGAGGUAAACAUGGAAAAUAUCGAAACGGAGAUGAAAUUCGAGGAAAGCGAUUCGUCGAUCGUUUCGUCAAUGCCGCUCGAUGAUAGUUUAUGCUCGGAACAAGCACUCGAACCAACCGGCAUUACAUGUCCCGUGGUGUCCUCUUCAUGUCUCGAACCUCCGAUCGAGAUUCGCCAGAGUCAGACUUCGCUCGAUGCCGAGCCUGAAACUUGCACGAACUCGGGAUCGAAUGUUGCAACGGUACAGUUGCCGAGACACAGAGAGAGUGUAGCGUUGGCGCCUCGUGCGCCGAACAAACGCAAGUUCAAGAUCUUCUAUACAAGGGGUCAUUACCUCCGAAAGUGUUUGUUCGGGAGGAGAAUCUACGACGACAUUAACAAAGCGAUUAAAGUAAAACUUCCUUCGUUCAGGGAACGAUUCCAGGAAAGCGGCACGGAGCAGUUUCAACAAUUUCCACGCCGCUGUAGCGUCGAGAAAUCUUCCAAGUCCAGGAUCAAAGGUCGUUACCUCGAGACGUACUUGAAACGGGAAGAUAAUUGGAUCAGGCGGAUGAUCGGAUUGUUCGAUAGCUUUUCCACGAGCAAGUUGUACGACCGUCUGUCAUCGAACAGAGAGAUCUCAUUGAGGAAAGCUCGUUACGCGGAGAAAAUAGUCGUUCGAAGCGUGGAAUUCGUUGCGGUCCGCUUUCGUUCCGAUAUCGCGAAUUCUAUGAAAUCCAAGUCGCGAAUUGACAAGCGUUUGUACUUCAAGGGUCAUUACAUCCGGCGCGUUCUUCGGCGUAAUCUUACUCGCUUGAUCAACUGUAUCAAAGACGUGGUAUCCUCGAGAGACGUUCGCGAGAAAGGCAGGAGGAGAGGCUCGGCAAUGAUCAAGACGAAGGGUCGUUAUUUAGAGACGUAUCUGUUGAGAAACGCGCUCUUAGAUUUGCAGGAUCUUCGCGACCGUUUCUCGGCACGCUCGAGCGUUUCCUCGUCGAGGAAGAAACUUUUCGCUCGGACUCGUUACGUCGAGCGUGUCUUUAAAAAGCACUUCGAGACACUCGGUUUAAUCAUAAACUACAUUCGUUGCCAGCUUCUUCGAGGUAUCGCCGAUUCUUCCGUCGUUAUUCCAGGCUGCUCGUCCUUGAACUCGCGCCAAACCGGCGCGUCUGUAUCGCCCACGAAGGAGGACGAUGUCUUCUUCAAUUUGAUCCGUUCCUCCAAAGACUUCAUCUCGACCGAGGUUUUUCAUCGUGGCAGUAGACGGCUCUCAAGAUCAUCCAGAGGUAGCAUCUCUGCCGGUGCUUCGAACCUCACCAAUACGUUGGCAACCAGUCUCUUCAAUUGGCUUCCUAUGAAAUUUGUCAGAGAAUCGGCUGACCAAGCGAUUAACGACAAAAAGGCGAUGCAGGACAACGAUCGUGACUACGGUCGUAGGCUAUCUUUCGUGCCGACCAUUCUUUACGAAGGUCUAACGAAUCGCAUAGGCGUCGAUUUCACUAGAUUAGUAGCGUACGCGUUCGUACCUUGUACCUCGAUCAUUUUGUUGUAUAUGUACAAGUAGUAAUAAUAUUCGUGUCAACAGCAAAGUCCAACACGACGUUUACUUAAAUAUGUUCGCUCGUGACGGCACUACUAAUGAUUACGUUUAGAUUUAUUAUGUUUAGAUUUAAAACGACAUCACUUGUUCUAGGACAUCCUAACAGACGCUAGAUCAUCAUGGGCCAUCUGUAAACGUAUAAAAAAAGAAAGAAAAAAAAAAAAAAAAACAUGAAAAAAAGUGUUCAUCGUUCGUAGAGUGUGUGUUGUAUCAUUCUGUCCAAUGUAACCAUUUUUCUCAUAACUAUAGAGGUAGCAAUAGUUGUACUUGUUCUCGGGGCCGUGCAGCCAGUGAACGACAUUAAUUAAUUGAAAAGAAAAACAAAAGAAAAAAAGGAAAAAAAAAAGCACGAACUAAUCUUUCACGACAAAAGUGACAGUCUGUCUCUUAAACGUUACUACAUGUUCUACUUAACCACUUGACUAAAAACAGCAACGUAUGUUCAAGAUAACAGCGAAAAAUGUACGGCCCUGCAAGUAUGUGUAACGUAAUAUAUAUUUGAAAAAAAAAAGAGUUACAAAAUGAUCGCACUCGCACGUCGAUUCAUUGGUAUCUAGUCUAACGAAUGUAGAGUAUAGAAACAAGAACUUCUGGAAUCUCGCGUUAUCAUGCACGCGCAGAUCGAUGCAUGUAGUAUAAUUAAUGUCAAAAUGUACUCACGAUGGAUUGUCGAGAAAAUAGUACAUUCGAAAUAAAAUGCGUAUACAUACAUA